AUGCCCUUUGCGCAGCUUGUACUCGGGAGUCCCGGCGCGGGAAAGAGCACUUAUUGCGAUGGCAUGCACCAGUUCAUGGGCGCUAUUGGGCGUGCGUGCUCCGUCGUGAACCUCGACCCUGCCAACGACCAUACGAACUAUCCUUGUGCUCUCGACAUUCGCGACUUAGUUAAGCUAGAGGAUAUCAUGCGCGAAGAUCGCUUGGGACCCAACGGCGGCAUCUUAUAUGCUCUUGAGGAGCUUGAGAAUAACUACGAAUGGCUAGAAGAAGGACUGAAAGAGCUUGGAGAAGACUACAUCCUAUUCGACUGCCCCGGUCAAGUUGAGCUCUACACACACCACAACUCGUUAAGAAACAUCUUCUAUAAGCUUAGCAAGAUUGGGUUCAGAUUUGUCUGUGUACAUCUCUCCGAUUGCUUCUGCCUCACUCAGCCCUCCCUAUACGUUUCCAACGUUCUCCUUUCGCUCAGAGCCAUGAUUCAGAUGGACAUGCCGCAUGUCAACGUGCUUUCCAAAAUUGACAAGAUAGCAUCAUAUGACGAACUUCCUUUUAAUCUAGAAUAUUAUACCGAUGUCGACGACUUGACGCAUUUAACUCCAUACCUCGAAGCAGAGUCUCCAGGAAUGCGAAACGAAAAGUUUGGUCGACUGCACGAAGCAAUAGCAAACAUGAUUGAGAGCUAUGGCCUCGUGAGAUACGAGGUGCUGGCAGUGGAGAAUAAAAAGAGCAUGAUGUAUCUGCUCCGCGUAAUUGAUCGCGCAGGAGGAUACGUAUUUGGAGGCGCAGAAGGUGCCAACGACACGGUCUGGUCCGUCGCCAUGAGAAAUGAAACUUCCAUGAUGGACGUUCAGGAUAUCCAGGAGCGAUGGAUCGACCACAAAGACGAGUAUGAUCGUCUUGAGCGAGAAGCUGAGGAGGAGGAGCAAAGGAGGGUACAGGAGGAGCACGGCAUGGAGGUUGAUGAGCCCCAACCAGCUGCUCCCCCUCCGGCUGCAUCUGAGGGAGAGAUAGACCCAGACUUUGGCGAUAUGACCAUACCACAGGACAGCGGAGUCCGGGUAUUUAGAAAGAAAUAA